CCCACUUUUGUCCCAUUGAGUUUCAUUCCAUCAGUCCUGCACCAAGUCCAACAAAGUCAUGGAUAUCUGUGCUUUGCCUUGCAAAAAACCCAAUUCAGAAUCCAAGCAAACCUCCAUUGAUGACCUCUCAAACGACCUUCUAAUAGAAAUCCUCCACAGAAUUCCUCUGAAACCCGCACACCGCUUCAAGUGCGUUUCCAAGAGAUGGGUCCAAGUGAUCUGUCAACCCCAAUUUGCACAACGUUUUACACAGAGAAUGAAACUCUUGUACCCAUCACAGCCAUCACCACCCUUUACACUGUUCUUUCAGUGUAGCUUUCCCCGACCAUUUCCCGUUGAGUUCAAGCAUUUUCAGAGGGAUCCACAGUUUAUGUCCUCCUACUUUUCCUUGAGCUUUCUUCCUCAGAGUCCAAACCCCAUUAUUUUCUUAGCAACGAGUAAUGGGUUGGUGUUGUGUUCCACAACACUCUUGUCUCAGAUGAUGUACUACGUCUGUAAUCCACUCACUGCGAACUGGGUCGCUCUUGUGCCUCCUCGGUUUGACAGUCAUGUCCUUGCUGGGUUUGUAUGCCAUUCCUACUAUGAUGACAGUGACACCAUUACUCGGUUCAAGGUUGUGCGUGUCAGUGCUAUCGAAACAGGGAAAAAAUCCCUCGAUCUCUGUGUGGAGAUAUUCAACUCCGAUACUAGUGAAUGGCAACAAUUUACAGAGCAAUGUGAAGGUCUUCAUGUUACCUUGGAUUUUACCAAGUUUCAGACACAUGCAGUUCUUGCCCACAAUGAUAUCAUGCAUUGGGCUCACUGUGGCAGUAGAUAUAUCCUUGCUUUUGAUCCUAAUAACAAACAUGAUCAUAAAUGCCGUCUCAUUCGUCAACCAAGAGAGCUCUAUGACAUGUAUGGACACGUUUGCUUAUCAGCUUGCCAAGGGCGUCUGCGGUGCAUGUUUCUAUCCAAUUCGAACAAUUAUACAUUACUGUUUCAACAUUGGGAACUCGAGGACUACAUUGCAGGGAAAUGGUGCUUGGUGGCAAAGUUUCCUGUGAGCAACACUAACUUAUUGAGAGUGCUAGGUAUUCACCCAGUUGAUCCAAACAUCGUUUAUUUGUUGAGGACAAAAAAUAUUGUGUUGUUGAAUGCACACACUCAACAAAUGGAGGUGGUUUAUUAUUUUACUGAGGGUCAAUUUGGACGUGAUAAUACUAUGAUGAAUCCCUUCGAGCUUUACAUGUCAAAAAAAAAGUUGAAUGCCUUCCAGUUUGUACUUCAAUGGUGGCCAACACCAGUUCCCAAACUCGAUAACGGGGACACCAUUGGGCAAGGUAUCUUUCAUGGUGGGGGUGUAUUCUGAUAAGCAUAUUGACCUCUCUCACAUUAGUCCCUUUUAAGGUGUUGCCAAAAAGGGUGUUGCUGCUAGGGAUGGAUAUUGGGAGCAUAAAGAAUGGAGCUUGGGCGAGCUCCAACCCUUGGAACCUGUUUUCUUGCUUUUUAUUUUUAUUAGUGUUCUAAACUGAUUUUUGUUUUCAAAUCUUUAUUUCUAUGGAUGUUGGUAAAUAUUUCAUGUUGGCUUAUUCAGUAUAGAACUCAAAGUUGCCCUUAUGAAAGACUGGUAAUUAAGGUUAGCAGAAGAAUUUGUUGCGGCCUAUAAAGAGAACUCAUAUGAUGAUUACUAUAAUAAAGGUUUGACCGAAAGUUUUUGAAAGCUACUAAGUGCAGCAUAUAGUUCCUAAAAAAAAAAAGACAAAGGUUAUGGAAAAAACCUCAGUAAAAACCAAAUAAAUUGACAAUGUUAAAAUUAUCUAAAACAAGAGACUUGACACUGAAUCCUUAUAGAAUUUAAUACCAUUUAAAAAAAAAUUAUUUGGGUAUGGAAUCUAAAAAAUUAACAGAGUUGUCUAUGAUUUGCAAAUAUUAGUGGGGUGAACAAAAGCAAUGAAGGAAAAGUGAAUUGGAUUGGUUGAAUAAAUCUAUACAAACUGAAAGCUCAAGGUUGUUUGUUCUAUAUUCAUGUAUCAAUUGUCAUGGUUGUUUUGUUUGAUUUAGAACUAGAAAAACUUGAUGUCAAGACAGUGAGAUGAUGAUAUUAGCUCAAAAAAUCAAUUUACAUGUAUUAGCCCGAGAGUUUUGUAGUUCAAGGAAAAUAAGAUCAUGUUUAUUUAGAUUCUCCAAAUAUUCAGUUCUCUCGUCCAAACUAGCAGCCAAAAGACUGGAAAACCAUUGAGGAUGAAAGUUCCUGUUGAGCAUCUUUUGAGUUGUCAUAGUUUGUAAUCAUGCCUCUUGAAGAUAAAUUAUUGUGGAUAUCCUUCUCUAGCCUUGUUAUGCCCUUUGCUAAUAAAGGAUCAGGAUUCAAGGGUAUCCCUAGUUGACUGUCAGUGUUAAUCCCAUAGGGAACACUAUUCCUAGGAUCUGCCUGAACUUCCCCAUCCUGACUGGUGUCUCUUAACAACAAUGAUUGGGGAUUGAGGACACUGGGUUGUUAUUCUGCUGUAAAUGGGCAUCAUUCUGUGAAAGGCAAACUGAAGUUGUUGAAGAUGAUAUGUCCAAGUAAUCUGUCUGGGAAGCUGCCCCAUUCAAGUAUUUUUGUGGAGCAAAAAAUCCUUGAUUUUGAUUCCUAGAGAUGUUAAAUGAAGGCUUCACAAUGGACUUCUGCUGCAAAUCUUUAACCAGGUUAGCAUUAGAUAAAAUGGUUUCCAAGGCACUUGGACAAAAGAUUGUGGCAGAAGAAUGAGCCAUGUCCUCCCGGAUAGCUGUACUUCAAUGGGCAUGUCAUUCAUCACUGGCUGAACCACAUUGUGGCAGUUGUUUGUGGAAGGUUAAGUGGAACAAGAUGAAAGAUCAUCCGUAAUUGCAGACUUCCCAGCACCAGCAGCUCCUGUCACUAUACUGCUACCGGCUGUAGAUGGCUGAUUGGUUCUUGGGGGUACAGGAAGCCCCACAUGACCAGAUAUAUUGGGCUGAACACCAGAUUGCUGUUGUUGAAGCUUUGGCUGCUGGGGUGGAUGAGAGAAACCGAGUAUAUGAGCGGCUGCUAUUCCUUGUCAUCUGAUGGGAUUGACUGAGGGAGCGAGGUUGAGGUUGCUUGAGGGACCUUCAGCAUUUGGGAGGGUGUUAGAGACCUAGAGAAGUUUUGCAGCAUAUCUAAUCUAACAACCGCCUCUGUCGAUCUUGGAGUUGUGUAAAUUGAGCAGGUUGUUGCAGAGCUGACUGCUAUGCUAGAAGUGAUUGCUGCUGCUGUUGAAGCUUCAGCAAUAGUUGAAUUUGAAUCUGAUUAUCAGACGGUUGCAACUGUUGGUUUAUUUCUUCAGGCAGUUGCGGUUGAAUAAGGGGAAUUUUGAUUCCAAAUACUCUACCCAUACACAUGGUUAGUUUGGGUAGAGUAUAUAAAUAGUUUGAAUUAUUUAUAUAAUGUGAAAUGUUUUUUU